CCCCACGGUGCCCUUGCAGAACCACUCAUAUAAUCCCAGUAUGAGGCGCACUCGAGGGUAGAAAGAGUCCCGCUCCCGGCGCUCAUGUGGGGGUGAAUGAGCGCAGAUCACGACGCUUGAAAAUGGUUGGAGAUGACAAAGCCAGGCAGGCGGGGAGGAGAGGCAGGGAGUCUGCAGGAGACGCGUGUUGCAUCCUCUUCUGUCACUUUUUUUUCUUGGGGUUGAUUCGUUCCUGCAGCUUUGUGACAUCCACGAUGUGCGCCGGCUCAUAUCUGUGUGACAUGUGGACACGUUGACGCGCUGAUAGGACAGACGAACCCGGUGUGUUUGUUCGCCAUUGUGCAUCCCUCAGCACAUCCAUUAUACGCUGGGGGUCCCGUGGGCGUCGCGUGUGUGCAUUGACGGUACCUGCAUAAUAAUACUGACAGACAAGGGGAGUUUAUACCGGAAAACGUCAUUGAAUCGACCCCUCCAGCUUCAGCAUACAUCAGCAUACAGUAGUCUCUGCCUCGCCUCUCUCCCAUCAAUCCAACGGUGCAGGACCUGCUUGCUCGUCCUCCGGUUACCGCAAGGCAGAUGAUGAGAUGUCCGGGACCACUUCCCAGGCGGAUCCCAUAGACGCCUCGGCGCGGACGGUGCUGCUCAACGGGCCCCAGGUUACCAAGUUCUGCGACAACCAUGUCAGUACCACCAAGUAUGGGGUCCUCACCUUUUUGCCCCGGUUCCUGUACGAGCAGAUCAGGCGGGCUGCAAACUCCUUCUUCCUGUUCAUCGCACUUAUGCAGCAAAUUCCUGAUGUAUCACCGACCGGUCGCUACACCACGCUGGUCCCGCUCAUCUUCAUCCUCACUGUGGCCGGGAUCAAAGAGAUCAUAGAGGACUACAAAAGACACAAAGCAGACAACACGGUGAACAAGAAGAAGACAACAGUGCUGCGGAACGGAGCCUGGCAGACGGUCAUCUGGAAACAGGUGGCAGUAGGAGACAUAGUGAAGGUGACCAAUGGCCAACACCUUCCAGCUGACAUGGUUAUUGUGUCCUCCAGCGAGCCUCAGGCCAUGUGUUACAUCGAGACCUCCAACCUGGACGGAGAAACCAACCUGAAGAUCAGACAGGGUCUCCCACUCACAGCAUCGGCACAGACUCUGGAGGAUUUGAUGGGGAUGUCUGGCCGUUUGGAGUGUGAGGGCCCCAACAGACACCUGUAUGAUUUCACUGGCACAUUGCGGCUGGAGAACCAAAAUCCAGCUCCCCUGGGUCCAGACCAGGUGCUGCUGCGUGGCGCUCAGCUCAGAAACACGCAGUGGGCUGCAGGAAUUGUCGUCUACACUGGUCACGACUCCAAACUGAUGCAGAACUCCACCAAGGCCCCCCUGAAGCGUUCCAAUGUGGAGCGGGUGACCAACAUGCAGAUCCUGGUCCUGUUUGGCAUCCUGCUGGUCAUGGCCCUGGUCAGCUCUGUGGGUGCUGCCAUCUGGAACAGGGAACACACUGAAGACGCGUGCUGGUACCUGUCCCGGGCAGGCGACAUCUCCACUAACUUUGCAUACAACCUGCUGACGUUCAUCAUCCUGUACAACAACCUGAUCCCCAUCAGCUUGCUGGUCACUCUGGAGGUGGUGAAGUUCACUCAGGCGCUCUUCAUCAACUGGGACAUGGAGAUGUACUACGCAGAGACAGACACGCCGGCCAUGGCUCGAACGUCCAAUCUAAAUGAGGAACUGGGCCAGGUGAAGUAUCUCUUCUCUGACAAGACAGGAACUCUGACCUGUAAUGUCAUGCACUUUAAGAAGUGUACCAUAGCCGGCAUCACAUACGGCCACUUCCCUGAUCUUGACUGUGACCGUUCCAUGGAGGACUUCAGCAAUCUACCGUCCAACAGCAACAACUCCACAGAGUUUGAUGACCCAACGCUCGUCCAGAACAUAGAGAGCCAUCCUACAUCGCCUCAGAUCUGUGAGUUCCUGACGAUGAUGGCAGUGUGCCACACUGUGGUCCCAGAGAGAGAGGACGACCAGCUCAUCUACCAGGCGUCCUCCCCGGAUGAAGGAGCGCUGGUCAAAGGGGCGAAAGGCCUGGGUUUUGUCUUCACUGGGAGAACGCCCGACUCGGUCAUAAUAGAAGCUAGGGGGAAAGAGAUGAGCUAUGAGCUGCUGAAUGUUCUGGAGUUUUCCAGUAACCGCAAACGCAUGUCUGUGGUGGUCAGGACGCCCACUGGGAAGCUACGCCUGUUCUGCAAAGGAGCGGAUAAUGUCAUUUUUGAACGGCUGACCGAGUCGUCACAGUACAAAGAAUUAACUGUUGCUCAUCUGGAACAAUUCGCCACGGAGGGCCUGAGGACUCUGUGCUUCGCUUAUGUGGACCUGGAGGAAGGUGCCUACCAGGAGUGGCUGAAAGAAUACAAUCGUGUCAGCACGGUGCUCAAAGACCGCGCUCAGAAACUUGAGGAGUGCUAUGAACUACUGGAAAAAAACUUGCUGCUGCUGGGCGCCACAGCCAUAGAAGACCGUCUCCAGGCUGGUGUGCCCGAGACCAUCGCCACUCUGAUGAGAGCCGACAUCAAGAUCUGGGUCCUCACCGGAGACAAGCAGGAGACGGCCAUCAACAUAGGUUACUCCUGUCGUCUGGUGACACACGGCAUGUCCCUCAUCAUCGUCAACGAGGACUCUCUGGAUGCGACUCGGGCCACGCUGACAGCUCACUGCUCGUCCCUAGGUGACUCUCUGAGGAAGGAAAACGAGCUGGCGCUGAUCAUCGAUGGUCAGACUCUGAAAUACGCACUGUCCUUUGAGCUUCGCCAGGCCUUCCUCGACUUGGCGUUGUCAUGCAAGGCUGUCAUCUGCUGCCGAGUCUCCCCGCUGCAGAAGUCAGAGAUUGUUGACAUGGUGAAGAAACAUGUCAAGGCCAUCACUCUGGCGAUAGGCGACGGUGCUAACGAUGUGGGCAUGAUUCAGACGGCUCACGUUGGAGUAGGGAUCAGCGGCAAUGAGGGAAUGCAGGCUACCAACUCCUCUGACUACUCCAUAGCACAGUUCUCCUACCUAGAGAAGCUGCUAUUGGUCCACGGGGCAUGGAGCUACAACCGUGUCACCAAGUGCAUCCUCUACUGUUUCUAUAAGAAUGUGGUCCUCUACAUUAUAGAGCUCUGGUUCGCCUUUGUGAACGGGUUCUCCGGGCAGAUCCUCUUUGAGCGCUGGUGUAUAGGCCUCUACAACGUGAUAUUUACUGCACUGCCUCCCUUCACUCUGGGGAUAUUCGACCGGCCGUGCAGCCAGCAGAACAUGCUCCGUUUCCCCCAGCUCUACCGAAUUACCCAGAAUGCCGAGGGCUUCAACACCAAGGUGUUUUGGGGUCACUGUAUCAAUGCACUGAUUCAUUCUAUUAUCCUAUUCUGGUUUCCUCUCAAAAUGUUGGAGCACGACUCUCCCUUUAACAACGGUCAGGGAAACGACUACCUGUUUGUUGGGAACAUGGUCUACACAUAUGUGGUAGUUACAGUAUGCCUGAAAGCUGGAAUGGAGACCACAGCCUGGACGAGGUUUUCCCACCUGGCUGUGUGGGGAAGCAUGGCGCUCUGGAUGGUCUUCUUUGCUGUCUACUCCGCCAUCUGGCCCACCAUCCCUAUUGCCCCUGACAUGCUGGGCCAGGCUGGCAAGGUGAUGCAGUGCUGGCACUUCUGGCUGGGCCUGGUCCUGGUGCCUACUGCGUGUUUACUCAAAGACUUCGCUUGGACCGCCACACGCCGCACUGUGAGGAAGUCUCUUCUGGAGGAGGUGCAGGAGCUGGAGGCUCGGGCCGUCGACCCAGGGGCGGCUGUGCUGAGGGAUGCCAGUGGGCGCAGUCUAAACGAACGGGCCCAUCUGCUGACAAGAGUCUUUAGGAAAACGCCUUCAAGCGUUGGACGCUCCAACUCGGUGCAGCAGACUGUGUCACAUGGCUACGCCUUCUCUCAGGAGGAGCACGGUGUGGUCUCCCAAUCCCAGGUUGUGCGCUCUUACGACACCACUCGCCAACAACGCCCAAGCCUCUAGCACCCGCCCUGACCAAGGCUUCUGCUCACCGUACCAACGGUUGUCAAAGUGACAGUGGAGACAGACUCAUGAGAAACCCUCUCGCCGGAUGACCGACCCCUGCUGUGGCCUUACUUGGAACUAUGACCUGAACCCUGGAGGGUGGGGGGGGUCAAGGUUAGGCGUGGAGGCCGGCGCCGGCGCACUGAGGACUGACUUGAGAGAAGGGACCAGGUCGACUUGAUGGAAUAAACGUUCUUUAAACUCACACAAGCUGCACAAGCAUGAGCAAUCGUAUCCACGCACAGACAUGACAAGUCAAACUCAGAGACUGCUCCUCAUAUCUGUAUACCCCCAGACUGGGUUUGCUUCAUGCCACUGUGUGUGUGUGUGUGUGUGUGUGUGUGUGUGUGUGUGUGUGUGUGUGUGUGUGUGUGUGUGUGUGUGUGUGUGUGUGUGUGUGUGUGUGUGUGUGUGUGUGUGUGUGCUCAUUCCAGUGCGUCUGUAUCUGCCUGUGCAUGUAUGUCCGCACGCAUCAGCGCUCCUGUGUUUGUGUGCAUGUGUGUGUCUGCCCCUGCGUGAGUUUGCUUCCAAGGUUCUCUCUCAUCUUUGACGUGAGGUGGGUUUAGCUAAUCAGUCAUCACACGCCUGCAUGGGAGGAGGGGAGGGGGGGACGUCAAAAUAAACACACGCACAUGAGCCGGUGAAUUCCUUUAAAGUGGGACGGAGGGAGGCAGAGACCGAGCCCUGCAUCCAAGCUUCCACAGCUCGCACCUCUGCGUCCCGUCAGAGCACCGAGCCUCACUGCCAAACACCUCUGAGAUGCCACUGAGGCAGAACGCUAACGCCAAACUGGACCACCGCCCUGCUGUAACCCCUCCAGCUCUGACCCCAGCGGGACCUCCUCUUGCUUCCUCCCUGUCCCUCUCUGCAGCCUCUGUCUCUAGAUCACAGCUCCUCAUCCUGGCCAGUCUGUUUUCUAAUCCGCUCUGUUUCUCGUGGUCUUUGACCGCUCCUGUGAUUCCUGUCUUGCAUCUUCAGCUGACCUAGAAGAAGCAAGCCUGGCAUUUGAGCUUCCUCCUUCAGUUGUGUUGGAUUUCUUUACCAGGUUCUUAUUUUUUUAUUAAAGUGAACAUUAAUUGUG